CCCCCCUGUUCAAGAACCCCGGUCGAAUUAAAAAAAAAAAAAAAAGACCAGAGCAAAGUAGCCAGCGAGACGAGCGGCACAGACAGCGAACCCGAGAGACGAAAACGAACGAGCCCAGCCAAACGAGCCCAGCCAGUAGCCCUUCAGCUCUCUGCCCCCUGCCCCAGCCAAUGCGCAGUGGCCACAAUGUCCGAUAGACCUUUCCACAGAGGCGGCCGCGGUGGCGGUGACCGAGGAGGCGGCGGCGGCGGUUACCGAGGCGGACGAGGAGGAGGCCGCGGUGGUGCUGGCGGUGCUGGAGCUGGCGGUGCUCAGGCCGAGAGGCCCAAGAAGGAGAACAUCCUGGACCUGGCCAAGUACAUGGACAAGGCCAUCAUCGUCAAGUUCAACGGCGGUCGAGAAGUCCGCGGCACGCUCAAGGGCUAUGACGCCCUCAUGAACCUCGUCCUCGAUGAAGUCCAAGAAACCCUCCGAGAUGACCAGGGCAACGAAACAACGCGAUCACUGGGUCUUGUAGUCGUUCGGGGGACGCUUCUAGUCCUCAUCAGCCCAGCGGAUGGCAGCGAAGAAAUCCCAAACCCUUUUGGCGCAGCGGCAGACGAGUAACACCAGCACGACAACAAUAACCCGUAUGAUGAUGUCUUCCGACGACAUUUCUUCUUCUUCGUUGAGAGGGGGGAGAAUUUUGUGAAAGGGAGGAGUAAACAAGGAAAAUGAAGAUAUAAAAAAAAAACAAUAGAAAAAAGGAGCCUUCAGUUUUGAUACCAUCAAUUAUAAAACAGAAUGGAUGAAGAAAAAAAAAGAACGAGGGGAUGUGUAGUUUGGGUGUUUUCUGUUUUAGAUAUAUGUAUGUAUGUAAUACCUAUCUGCUCUCGAGAGACAAGUGAUGGGAGCGUUUGAUCAAGACGAGCGAUCAAAACAAGAGAAUGGCUGGCGAGUUUGGUUCCGAUGCCGACUGCCUCUCCAUCUCCUAGAUAGGAGGAGGAAUGGGUAGGUAGUUUGUUUGUUUACAUCUACCUAUACUUGGCCAAGCAUGGGAAGCUGCCAAAGAUGGAAGUAAUAGAUGGAGAGAGAGAGAAAUGCCUUCCAAGCCAUCAGUACAUCUUGCCAC